AAAGGUGUGAGACCUAUCGUUCUGAUAGAAGGGUACAUGACAGACACUUCAUACGUCGAAAUCCUUUGCAAUCAUGCUACACCCACCUUUUGCCAUGUUUCCGAAGAGGAAGGCAAGAAAUUUCUCGAAGAUCCGGAAUGGACAACUGAUUACAAGCCGUCAUCAAACAUAAGAAAAAAGCUUCAUUCCUACUUCCUCAUUGACGAUACGUUCUCCACCUGGUGCGAAUGGAGCCUAACAUCCUUCUUGGAAUCCGAGAAAAUGAGAGGAGCCUUGGCGGUUUGUAGCAAGAGGGCGUUGCAUCAGCAGUUUUCGGACUCUCUGAAUGCCAUUCUAGAGUCAGAUGCGCCAAGCGAGGUAAAAAAAAGAGUCAAGGAUCUCAAGAAAGAGAUGUAUUCGCCGGCUGUGCAACGGUUCUGGGAACAAAUUCAAGUCGAAGAGGAGCUUACAUUUGCCAAAACAAAAUACAAAGGCAAAAAAGCUCUCAUCAGCCUGAAAAAGGAUUUCGAAAAGGACGUGCUAAACGAUCUUGAAAAGAUAGUAGAGGAGGAGGUUACUAAAUCGCGAUCUGUGCUUGAACAACCUCUAAAAAGACCUGCCGCCGAUUUUGAUUAUGAUAGCUCCGAUCAUGCUGUGGACGGUCUCGAUGCCAUAAAGACGCCUGAUUCUUGUGAAAAAAAUCAGGCUGGGAAGAAGAGGAAGAUGGCAUACGAUUCUGACGACGUAUUUGAAGUUGCACUGUCCGACGACGCGCUGUCAACCGAAGAACCAAAUAAUGCCGCAGAACAUCUGUUAAUAAUAAAUGGGACAGAUAUUCAGUCGAAAAUGAAAUUGUGGCGCAAGACGUCAGCACACAUUCCCGAAAUACACAGGCAGGACUUGUUAAGAUACAACAUACUCGACACUAUUGACUCUUCAUCAACAGAAGCACGAACGCUCUUUCAAGAGUACUGGAAUGAAAUAGUCAGUAAGAUUGAAAUGAUAUUUCCAAAUGAAUUUAGAGAUGCAAGUAUGAAGGCACAAGCAGCGGAUCUAAAAGAAUAUGCAAAAGUUUGCCUACGGGGUGUGAACACACCUCAACGAUUGAAAGAGGCAAUCAAGCGAGCAAAGGAGGAAUGCCAGAGCAAAGUUGAGAGCGGACAAUGCAUUAAAUGGAAGAAUCUGACAUUGAAGCUCAUGAAAAUCUUGGGCGAAAAGACACUGAAGGCCUCUGCAAUUGAAGUUUUGAAGCAUUCAGGAGAAUCAAGGUCUUUGGCAUACAAAUCUAUGUAUGUCAAUGCCAUUUGCAAGGAUUUACUAUUUCAAGCUAGAAAUGGAUUUGAGUGUCCAGCCAUUUCUUUUACAUUAUUCAAAGCUUUACCAAAGUUCAUCUCAGAUUUAUGGGAAGUGCAAGAUGCCAUCCUUUCAAGCAUUGAGACCAUCACUGUUUAUAUGGCAAGUACUGCUGACUCAGAUGACAAUGACGAUCAGGUGGAUCCUGUGACAAAGUCACCAUCAAAAAAGCGAACUAGAAAGAAGUAA